GGCUUGGGGCGGCCGGCGGCUAGCGGAGGCGGCCGAGUCGGUGGUCCUGGAGUGAUGGCUGCCUCGGUGUUCUGCUGCCUGCGGUGCUGCAGGGACGGCGGGACGGGACACAUCCCUCUGAAGGAGAUGCCGGCGGUGCAGCUGGACACGCAGCACAUGGGAACAGAUGUUGUCAUUGUAAAAAAUGGAAGAAGAAUAUGUGGAACAGGAGGUUGUUUAGCCAGUGCCCCUUUACAUCAAAACAAAAGCUACUUUGAAUUCAAAAUCCAGUCCACAGGAAUAUGGGGUAUUGGCGUCGCAACUCAGAAAGUUAACCUGAAUCAGAUUCCUCUUGGCCGAGAUGCCCACAGUCUGGUGAUGAGGAAUGAUGGAGCCCUAUACCACAACAACGAGGAGAAAAAUAGGCUGCCAGCAAACAGCCUCCCACAGGAGGGAGACGUGGUGGGUAUUACAUAUGACCAUGUAGAAUUAAAUGUAUAUUUGAAUGGAAAAAAUAUGCAUUGUCCAGCAUCAGGUAUACGAGGGACGGUGUAUCCGGUUGUUUAUGUUGAUGACAGUGCAAUUUUGGAUUGCCAGUUCAGUGAAUUUUAUCACACUCCUCCACCUGGUUUUGAAAAAAUAUUAUUUGAACAGCAGAUCUUCUGAGUGUAUUUGUUUUUGAAACUUGUGUUUCUGCACUUUUAAAAGUGUUUACCAUUUAAUAAAGCUUUACCUGACCUGUAGAUGAAAAUAUAUUCUUAAAAAUACGCUUGUUAAUGUUGUUUAAGGAACCAGUGUAUUCAAGAUACCAUCUGGAAGUUGUGAUUUAAAAUACUUCUGUUCUGUGAGAUGAAAUCUGCAUUUUGGACAGUUUAUUUAAUUGUUAUUUAAAUAAAUAUAACUGUGGGUUUGAUUAACAGUAUUAAGUAGAAAUAUGUAUAUAGAUAUUUAAAAGGGAAUCUUUCUUACGUAAAGUAUUUGUUUUUAUAAUAGAGAUGUAGCGUUGGGUGGGUUUUUCUCAUU